UGACUCACUUUAACAAACUCCCAACAACUCACCUCAACGUCUAAAAGUUCAGCAGAUAGAUAUACAAGGUCUUCUCUAUUUCUAACGAUCGUACGCCGUGUUUGAUGCCUUCAUGGGGUUUUUCUCCAGUUUCUCCGAUUGUUUGUCGAGAAAACUCAGAGGCGACAAAUCCGCCGUCAGCGGCGGAGGAGAAGAGCCGGACGACGCCAUAGAGUCUUCCGGCUUGUUUUUCCAGCUGCUGUCUCUGCAGAUCGCAACCAAUUUUUUUUCGGACACCAAUCAGCUCGGCCACGGAGGGUUCGGUCCUGUCUACAAGGGAUUGCUACCAACUGGUCAAGUAGUGGCUGUGAAGAAGCUUUCACUGAAUUCAAGACAGGGACUCAAAGAAUUCAUUAACGAGGUGAAACUGUUACUGAAAAUUCAGCACAAAAACUUGGUGACAUUGUUGGGGUGUUGUGCAGAAGGACCUGAGAAGAUGCUUGUCUAUGAGUAUCUGCCAAACAAGAGCCUUGACUACUUCCUCUUUGAUAAAAAGAAGUCUCCAUCCUUGGAUUGGUCAAAACGAUAUCGUAUAAUUACAGGUGUUGCAAGAGGUCUUCUCUACCUACACGAAGAAGCUCCUGAAAGAAUUAUUCAUAGAGACAUUAAAGCUAGUAAUAUUUUGCUGGAUGAGGAGUUAAAUCCUAAAAUCUCAGAUUUUGGCUUGGCCAGGCUUUUCCCUGGGGAAGACACCCAUGUAAAUACAUUUAGGAUUUCUGGUACUCAUGGUUAUAUGGCUCCUGAGUAUGCACUGCGUGGAUAUUUGUCGGUGAAGACAGAUGUGUUCAGUUUUGGAGUUCUGGUUUUGGAGAUUGUGAGUGGAAGAAAGAAUCAUGAUGGGCAGCUUGGUGCAGAAAAGGCAGACCUCUUAAGUUAUGCAUGGAUGCUACUUCAAGCAGGAAAGUCGUUGGAAUUAGUUGACCCAGGUCUUGCCAAAUGUGUACCUGAUGAGGCAGCAAUGUGCAUUCAGCUGGGGUUGUUAUGUUGCCAAGCAAGCAUCGGAGAUAGGCCUGAUAUGAAUUCUGUUCAUCUCAUGCUAUCAAGCGAUUCAUUCACUUUACCCAGACCUGGAAAACCUGGAAUUCAAGGCCGCGUAGGUCGUUGGACCACUACCUCCACUUCUGCUCUCACUAAUACUAAUCCUAAUCCUAAUCCUAGUAGCACCUUCACUGGGGUUAGCAAGGCUUCUGCUGGUAAUAGUUUUGUCGAGGAGUAUUCUAGAAAUUCCAUCUCUUAUUCUUCUAUUGAUGAAGGUAGAUGACCUCCAUUUAUGUUCUGUAAAGCUUUAUGUGCUUCAUUAAUCUUCUGUAAUUUUUUUUCCCCCCUUUUUAAUGUCUAUGUCAGUAUAAUAAGGUGCAUUCUUUUUGUUUUUAUAACAUGAUUGGAAGAGAGAACAUAGUGGCCAGUUCCUUUGAGGCUUUUAGAUUUUAGAUGUUGUCUUUUACAUUACCGAACAUUUAAUCCUAUGGUGCCAUUAAUUCCUAUA